ACAAAAACGAAACAAAUUUUUGUUGUUGUUUUGUUAAUUUUGUUUGUGCUCCUGUGCUGUAAGUCUGAACCUUAUAGAAUUUACAUAAUAAUAUCGUUUUUUGGGUGUAAAGCUAUUAUUGAAAUACAUAAAAGCCAGUUAAAUAAAAUGGAUGUAAAGCAAGAAAUAAGUGAUGAGAAGUGUAAAGUAGAAAUAAGGUAUAAUGACUUAGAAGAUGCUCCUGUAGAUAGCUUUAAAUGUGAAAUUAAGAAGGAAUUCAAUAAAGAAAGUACAAGGGACACAGAUAAUUAUUUAGAUUUAAUUAAAUGUCCCAUAAAAACUGAAAAACAGGAUCAAAGUAGAUCGAACGUGUUUGAAGAAAUCCAGAAAACUGAAGAAGGUUGCUCCCAAGAGGAAAGCAGAAUAGAAAAUAUGGAAACACUAACUGAACAUUCAUCUCACGAAGAAAAUUACAUGAGUCAACACGCUGAAGGAAAAAUAAAUGAAACUAUGAAAGUUAAGACUGGACAAAAACCAUGCAAGUGUGAAAUUUGUUUUAAGCCGUUUUCUUCGUCCAGUGCUUUGAAACAACAUAUGAGAUUGCACACUGGGGAAAGACCAUACAAGUGUGAAAUUUGUUUUAAGAAGUUUAGCGAAAGGGGUAAUUUAAAAAAACAUUUGAAGGUGCACAGUGAAGAAAAAUCGUACCCUUGUGAAAUUUGUUUUAAGCAGUUUAGAUUAGCUGAUGGUUUAAAAGUACAUUCGAGAUUGCACACUGGGGAAAAACCUUUUAAGUGUGAAAUUUGUUUUAAACAAUUUGCUCAAAAAAGCUCUUGGCAUGCACAUACCAAAGUUCACAAGGGUGAAAAACCUUACGAGUGUGAAAUUUGUCUUAAGUCGUUUGUUAAAUCAAGUAAUUUAAAAGAACAUUUGAGAUUGCACACUGGGGAAAAACCUUACAAGUGUGAAAUUUGUUUGAAGCCAUUUAGAAAAGCAGAUCACUUGAAAACACAUUUGAGAAUGCAUACUGGAGAAAAGCCGUUCAAGUGUGAAAUUUGUUUUAAACAGUACAGUCAGGCAAGAAGUUUGAAAACACAUUUGAGAGUGCACACUGAAGAAAAACCUUAAACGUGUAAAAUCUGAGGAUAUAAAACUAACCUUUGAUAGAUGGCGUUACUUGAUACCGAACUGCUCUCGGUUUGACAUUUGCCAUUCGUGACAUGACGUCUGUCAAAAUUUUAAGCCAAAAACUAUUAGGUUCGUUUUUAUAGCCGUCAGAAGCAAACAACUUUUGUGUUUUCGGAAAAAUCGAAUAUCGUUCGGUGAUUACCUAAGUUCCCCCACAAAAAGGGGAAAACGAAUGUGCAAAUUAAAGCCGACCUGGACGAAGUAUAUGGUGAGACUGCACACCUUCGUUAGCAACAAUAAAAUUUUGAAUAGCUGAAUUUGUUCGUGGUCGUAGGAGUGCUUUUGAUGAUGAGCGUCCCAUGACAUGAUUAUGGCAAAUCAUCGAAUCAAACUCCGUGAGUUAGUAGAGGCCCUUAAACAUUUCCUACGAACGUGUACACAAGUCGUUUUUUAAACCAACUAAUUUAAAAGCACAUUUGAGAUUGCACACUGGAGAAAAACCUUACAAGUGUGAAAUUUGUUUUAAGCAGUUUAGAAUUGCAGAUGGUUUAAAAAUGCAUUUGAGAGUGCAUACUGGAGAAAAGCCGUUUAAGUGUGAAAUUUGUUUUAAACAGUACAGUCAAGCAAGAAGUUUGAAAACACAUUUGAGGAUGCACACUGAAGAAACACCUUAAACGCGUGAAAUCUGUUUUAGAUACGAGGCUACAUUGAUAUAAAACUAGCCUUUGAUAGAUGGCGUUACUUGAUACCGAGUUGCUCUUGGUUUUGACAUUUGCCAUUUAUGACAUGACGUCUGUCAAAAUUUUAAGCCAAAAAACUAUUAGUUUGGUUUUUAUAACCGUCAGAAGCAAACAACUUUUGUGUUUUCGGAAAAAUGGGAAAAAUCAAGUAUCGUUUGGUGAUAAAGUUGCUCCAAAAAAAGGGGAAAACGAAUGUGCAAAUUAAAGCCGACCUGGACGAAGUACACACAUCAAAAUAAUCUGGGGGACAACUAUAUUAACAGCUUUAAAUCAAUGUUAGCUGCAAAUACAAAAAUAAAUUUAUGAUCUUAAUAUUUUUUGUUAUUUUUUGGAUUAUUGAACCAACUUAGACAAUAAUGCUGACAAGAAUGACUAUAAAAAAUUUAACAAAACUUUAAUAUGCGUUUUUGUUUAUGAGAUAAGAAGUAAUAUUUCCUUAUUAGUACUUGAUUUUCGAUGUCUAUGUGGAUUUUUAUUUAGUUUUGUAAUUGCCAAUACUGGAGAGACUUAUUUAAAAAUUUAACAAAACUUUAAUAUGCGUUUUUGUUUAUGAGAUAAGAAGUAAUAUUUCCUUAUUAGUACUUGAUUUUCGAUGUCUAUGUGGAUUUUUAUUUAGUUUUGUAAUUGCCAAUAUUGGAGAGAUGUCAUUUAAAUCGUGAAAUGCAGUGGCGUGCUGUCGGGAUGCUUACAGCUGGUAGAAGUCAAAGAGACGUUGCUGAGGUCCUCCACACGAACAGAAAUGUCAUUAACUGUUUGUGGUUAAGGUUUCGUGAAACUGAUGAUGCUGCUUAACGUCAUAUAAGCCGUACAAGUAUAACCCACCAGAUUGAAGACCGUUUUCUUAGGUUGCGGGGUUUUCAAGAUCUCACCAUAACUGCAAAACAAUCACAAAUCAGGCUGAAAGAAUCUGGAAUUUGUAAGUUGCGAAACCAUUAGAAAUAGACUGCAUGAAGUUGGUUUAAAUGCUAGUAGACAUGUAAAAGUGCCCGUGUUAUCCAGAGAAAAUCGCGCUCAUCGACUUCAGUGGGCACAAGAACACGCAAAUUAGGUUAGACGUGAGUGGGCCUCUACUUUGUUCUCAGAUGAGUCACGAUUUAGAAUUGCAUCAGAUACGAGAAGGACAAGAAUUUGGAGAUGAAUCUGGCAAUGCUAAACGAUUGGCCACCGUGCAGGAGGUUCAUAGACAGCAAGGCGACAGUAUAAUGGUAUGGGGUGACAUCACUCUUAGUGGAAGAACCAAUCUCGUUUGUCUGAAACGGUUUCUAAAUGCAACAGACUACCGCGAUAUUAUUCUUGAACUUAUUGUUGUACCUUUUGCAUAACAAGCUGGUUCCCAAUUUCAAUUAAUGCACCACAAUGCGCGUCCACAUACUGCCAGGGUCUUGCAAACGUUCCUCGAAGAUAUCGAAAUUGAGGUUUUAUCAUGGCCUGCAUAAUCGCCAGAUUUCAACCCAAUUGAGCAUGCAUGGGACAUAUUGAGCAGACGCAUUUUAUAAUAAAAUAUUGCGUUCAAUGCAAGAAUGUUUGAAUGCCUUUCAAUGGAGUGGAGCAGAAUACCGCAGCAAGACACUACCAUCUGAUCAUGAGUUAGUCUAACAGAUGUAGGGCAGUAAUCAACUUAAAGACUAAAGAACCUAAAGAAUAUUUUGUUAAGAGUUGAGGGGCAACAAAUAAAUUUUUAAUUUUU